UGGGCUGAGCCCAAUACGGCUCAUCAGCAGCUCUGCUGACGCUGCUCAAACGAACAGCACCGACAACACGGAAGCAUGUGGAAGUUGGCGACUGUUGGAAUCGCCGUCCAUGACCUUUCACGAAUGUUACGAAGUUACGAAAGUGAAAGAAGCAUUCAUCUGCAUCAAACAUCAAGGCCAUGGAGUUAUCUGUUUGCUAAGACAAUCAUAGCCAAUAUUGCUGCUUUUCAGGCAAGCUUUCAAAUAUUUGCCUUUGGGGCAUAGAGAUCCAGGCAUAGAAAAUAUAUCAACGUCUGCGCGCGCUGCUAACCUUCUCCCUCUAAUCACAUCGGCACACUUUGCUAUCUACAAAGCACAACAAGAUGGUCCGACCUCAUUGGCUCCUUCUCAGGCCUGGUGCAUUCUUGAGCCGGUACAACGCCAAAAAGGCUGUCGAAAUGUUGAAGGCCGAGGACAAAGCAUCCACUCCGAUUUAUCGUAGCAUUAUCCUCGACGUUUAUAUUUUCCACGACAACCGCCUGCAGCUUUUCAAGAAGCACGGGAUUGUGGGUGCUGAUGCGAAUCGACUGGUCUGUCCACACGCAAAGCCCACAAACUCUGAUCGGCAGCUUAGCAUUCGGGACGUCGUGCUGAAGAUGCUUGGUCACGGUCUAGGCUCGUCAAUUUUUGCAGACAUCCAAUUUGUGGACUUCAGCCAAGAAGAACCCUUAAUCACUGGCGAGCGUAUUUUCCGAUACAAUGACCACGAACGCGCCACCGGCAACGAGACCGAGUUUGGACAAUUGGACAUUGCAAUUCUCUUGUCCUCUGGGAUGCAGGUAGAUCAGAGCUUGAUUCCCAUUCAGAUUGGCAACAGAGACGAGAAGAGUCCGAAAUAUCUACCUGCUCUGACUGUCAGCCGAUCAGACAUGACCAGUAAGCUUAAAGAUCUAGAAUACUACCUGGGCGACAAUGUUGAGUACCCAAUCCUGAACAAAGUCUGGGCCCGCUAUGGCGAUUGCGCAAAGGCACAAGUAGAUCACCAGAUGGGGCAUGAAAAGCUGGGACUUGCAAGGUUGGCUACCGACUCCCUUACUGCGGCUCUCUUAGCCAAACAGCAAGAACCUCUCGUUCUUCCAAAGCCCAUUCAUGGCCUCAUCGCAUACUGCAGUGACGUGUGGGAGGCUGGUCUCUUCUUUCUGCUGUUAGAUCCUAUAGACUGGGCCAUGAAGGUCAAGCGAGAUGCUGACGAUUUUUGUCAAGAGGUCAACGGCGACUUCGUGGUCUUCACCGUCAUUGGUGAUUUCUCUGACAGCACACUUCAGCUCUCCCGCGUGUUUCCUGCCAUCGUGCCAGAAAUCAUGCAUCGCAAAUACACGUACCUGAGAGAAGACGACAAGGCUCCAAAUUUUAUAACGAUGCUCUCGGGCACGAGGAAUGGCCGCUUUCGAAUGCGGUAUCUCCAGGCGAACGAUACUACUGUGUUUGAUUCAAGAACACGGACUUCUCUGAAGAUAACUUUCCGUGAGGAUUGGGAGGAAUGGUUGAAAAGUCCGCCGCGCGACAACAGUCCCCCGAAGUGGAUUCAGAUGCAGCAGGAGGAUUACAUGGUAUUGUCUAAGAACAAGUAA